CGCUUAGCAACCACUACUACACACCACACCACACCUACCAAUGCAGACCGCCUCCAUCCUUACGCUAAGUGCUGGUUCAUGGUGUCUGAUGGUCGUUAGCCGUCAGAUAGGUGGCCGGGGUUAAGAUUCAGCGGCGCGAUGAACCAGGCUACCUCCCUUCUCUCGCCAUCCCCUUCCUCGUCAAUCGAACGACCGGCUGUGGAGUUGACUCCAGUCAUCGAGAAAUUGAAAAUCAUCUGCGGCGAAUAUGACAUAGACCCCCAGCUAGCUGCGACGGCAACCGAGUGCCUGCUCCGGCUCCGUCACACGUUUAUCGACAAUGACCACCCUCGAGAAGCGAAGGAGGACUUCCGGCAUCUACAUGGCUUCCAGACACUCCUGGAUCUUCUUCGGAAGGUGUCCGACUCCUAUAUUCCCGAUCGUUCGUCGAAAGAAGACAGGAAGUGUCUCUUAACACUCUUCAAGGAUACAUUGGCGGUUUUGGCAGAGGCAUUGAAGGAACACUACGGGAACAAGCGGUAUUUCACCUCUCGGAUCCAUGGGGGAGGGAGAGUCGCUUUGCAGGAAGCUCUUGCAACCUUGGCAAAAAAGGUGGACUGCGUACAGGGUGAUAUAGAACAGUUCUAUGGUGGUAUUCUGGCGGCUGUCCUCUGCCAGGAAGCCGUCACCAAUAUAUUUACAACAUUGGGUGCGAAACACCGGACAGCCUCGGUGCCCCUACCCAGUGAAAUCAAGGCAGAGGUGGAUCGAUGCGUAGGAACCUCGGAAACCAUCGAAGCACCUGAGAUUCUGGGCCCUUUCAUUCGGGUUUGGUUGUCUCAGACAUAUGCUUCCCCGUCCGACCAUGGGAUCCUAAGGCUGGCGGUGCCUGCAUGCCUCUGUCAGCUUGCCUCCCAUUCCAAGAGGAAUAUCACCAUUUUACACGCUACUGGAGCGCUAUCCUCGAUUCUCCCACUGCUAGUCAGUGACGAGUGUCCAGAACCCGAGAAACUGUUGUACCAGGAGCUCGCGCGAUUGCUUUGCACGCAAGGAGUAAGCAAUCUGGAUGAUGCAGUCUUUCUUUAUCAGAAAGCCCACAGCUGCCCAAAGGUAUCACGAUUACUCGUCGAUGUCUUGAAAACCUCCAAAGAACCUGCAUCCAUACAAUUCGAUCUCUCGCUCCAUGGAUACUGUUCUCUGGAGUUCUCAACUCUGGGACGUUCAUUCCCCCCUGCGACUUCUUCGGGUUAUACUCUUUCAGUAUGGGCGCGCUUUGACCAAUUUGAUAAAAGCACGCAUACGACAAUCUUCGGGGCGUUUGACCCCAGCCAAACUUGUUUUUUGCUCGCAUACCUUGAGAAAGACACAAGCAACUUCAUAUUGCAGACCUCGAUAAGGGGGGCGCGCCCCAGCGUUCGGUUUAAGUCGAUUGUCUUUGAACCUGGCCGUUGGUACCAUAUCUGUGUUGUUCACAAGAAGCCCAGGCCGCCAUCGUAUUCCCGCGCGUCUUUGUUCAUAGAUGGUGAAUUUGUCGAGCAACUGAAGAUAGAGUAUCCAUCUAUGCCCACCCCCAGUGCACCCAACCGACCACCACGGGUCCAAGCUUUCUUUGGUACGCCUCAAGAUUUGGCCAUGCGAUUGGGAAAGGGAGUAUCAUUGUCUCGAUGGUCCCUCGCGAGUGCAAUCCUUUUCGAGGAUGCAUUUAGCGACGACAUGGUUGCUGUCUUCUAUAACCUUGGCCCUCGCUAUUGCGGCAACUUUCAGGAUUGUCUUGGUUCUUUCCAGACAUACAAAGCUUCCGCUGCUCUGAACUUGCGUAAUGAGCAUCUGCAUCCUGGCAAAGAAGAGCAGUCUGAUAUUGUCGUUGCCAUCCGGCGGAAAGCAAGCACCCUUGUUCGUGAGGGGUCUAUACUACUAAACAUCUCACCACUCUCUGUUCUGGACGAUGACGACAAUAACGCCGUGGAUGAAUCUAGACUGAUAAAGUCUCUGUCGAAGCAAGCUGCCAAAAAUCUACACCAGCUUACCAAGGCGGGAGGCAAUGCAAUAGUGGUCAAUGGGGCCACACCUGCAAUUAACGAUGCACUGACACAGGCCCACGGCAUCGGUGUGCUGACAGGCGACCCUGUCAUUGCAGUACCGCAUUCUCUAGAUGAUGCAAGCUGGCGUAUUGGCGGGUGUGCAGCAGUACACUUGAGCUUGCUUCACGCGGCUAACACCGCGGAGUCAACACUGCUCGCCGUCGAGGCACUGUACGAGGCUGUACAGGACAACUGGAGGAAUAGCGAAGCAAUGGAAAAGGAGAACGGCUACGGAAUCCUUGCAGCUUUAUUACGUGAAAAGCUUGGUUUGCCAUCUGGGGCUCUCAACACGACCUCCAAAACGCCCACCGUUUGCCCUAGCUACGAAGAGCGAUCUGCGUUGGCUUUGAAGCUUCUUCGUUUGACACUGAAGUUCGUUGGAUAUGAUUUUGAACAACCCAACCGGUCCAUCAUCACGAACCCUCUUGCGUACAGAGUUCUUCUCGUUGACCUGGAAAUAUGGAGGUACGGGGAGGUAGCUCUUCUUGAACUGUACUACUCCCAAUUUUGUAUAUUUGCCAGCGAAAGUCAGUUUCGCCGGUUCAAUGCGAAACGACUUGCUCGCAUGCGUGUCAAUAAAAAGCUCCUAGAAGCCCUCAAAACAGAGGAAUUUACGGCUGAAGCAUUGCCUCUCUUUACUGCCGCCUUUGGGUCGCUGAUGGAGAGUUGUUUAUCUGCGGACUUGCUUCGCUCACUGGCUCUUUAUAUCACAUAUGCUCUUCAUAAACCGAAGGAGUCCAGUAGGCUUCAGAAGAAAAAGAGUAUGCGAUUUAAUGCGGGUGCACGUCAGCGAGCGACCUCUGAAGCGAAGGAAAAAUGCUUGUCAAGCACAGCAAUCGCGACAGAGAUGCUUCGAAUGUACUGUUCUCUGCUCUGUAAUGCACAUGAUCUCGGGCCUAUCAAGAAGUUUGCCCGAGCCGUGACGAACAAGUGGCUUCUCUACCUGAUAUGUGAAGACGAGCCUGAAAUAGUUGUGCUUGCCACUAAGAUUAUAGCCCGCCUCUUGACAACCAAUGGCAGCAGCUAUAGCAAGAAGUUCACUGAGAAAACAGGGGGUUAUAUCAUCAUGCGUCACUGCCUAAAGAGAUGGUGGAGAGUCCCGGCCAUGUGGUCCAUUUGCUUUGCCAUGCUGUUUAGCCUUGACGUGGGCAAAAUCACCGUUGACAGACCCUUUGACCAUAUCGGACUUUCGGAGACCUUCAUUUCUGGCACACCUCUGCAUGUUACAUUCCCCGAGAUUUUUCCAGUCAUUACGGAGAUGAUGCAGAGCGCUUUAAAGAGGUCUGUUUCGACAAGUGCAAACCUGGAGCCGGACAUGGAUGGCCUAAGGCCCCUUCAGAACUCCACCACCCAAACAACUCAACGAACCAUCUUUUCUCCUACAGCCGCGAGCACGGUAGUUGAAGAGCAGCAGCUCUUUAGCACCGUCAUUGAUUUUUUCGCCGCACUUCAUGUGAAGUCUCAGAGCUUUCGCGAAUUUACGACGCAAUUUGAAUACACUCAGCAUCUGCUUUCGGUGCUGUUCCCUGUCGUUGUUGGCUGCGACGCGAUAAGCACAGAUGCCGAACUGUAUCCCCGUGGAGGUAGUCUUGAUUUCGGUGACCACAAUCUGGUCAUUCGCCCUCACUCGAGAGGGGUAGCUGAGUUGCGGACCACUACUGUUGAACAACCUGGAGUCCGUGAUGAUCCUGGGGGCUCGCUUGGCCGUGGGUCAUCGUUUAUUCUUGUGUCAUCCGAUAAAGGAAAGCCUCUACCAUCCUCUGCACGCAUUGUUCAUGCGUGUAAUCCGAAAACUAUCGAGGAUGCUGGUGUCUCCGAACACCCUUUCGUCAUAAGCAUACUUAGCCUGGUCCUGUCCGUCUUCUCGGAGCAAUUGCUAGAACGAAAAGACUUUUCUGGUCUUGGUCUAUACGUGAAGACACCGCCUGCAUCGUUAGAACAUCGGACAUACUUCAACUCUUGGGUGCUCAAGGUUUUCCUUUCGACACUGAAAGAUGUGAUCUUUACAAAACUUCAACUACUUGCGGAGCCACGUGUCUUAACCAACUUGGGGCGAUUUGCUACACAUCUUGGGGAGGCAGUUUACGAAGGCUGGUUCACGGAUGGAGCAGCUGCGAGUCUGGAAUUCGCAGGGACAAUUCUCGAGUAUCUUCAACGGCCCGACGUUUCCUGCGUGAAGAGCAUUAGACUCUGUAGCCAAGCGGUUGCGACAAUUCGUUCAACGGUAUUUCGCGUCGUCUUACUUCGUUUAUCAGAGGUCGAGGGCACGGAGGCUCUUUCCUUUCUGAACCGCUUGUCCUACUGGCAAGUAGUACUUCUUUCUGGAUACGCCCAAUCAAACUACUUGCAGCUCCUAUGUUACCUUCUUUACGUCAAGCUAGACGACAGGAACGAAGAAGUAUGCCUUGCAGCAGCCGGCCUCUUCAGGAUCAUGCUUGUACAAAAGCCUGCUGAAAUGACAACCAUUCUUAGUCAUGCGCCGGUAUCUUUGCAAAAGCGGCUUUCAUCUGGCUUCGAUACUGUGAUGGGCAUGGAAGACACUGCGUUAUUGAAGUGGUUCCAUGACCAAGAGGACGAUCUCCACUCGCUAUUUUUUGGCGUCAUUUCUAAACAUUGGGAGGAUUUCGUCCAAGAAGAAAACACCAAGAUCGAGGCUUCCUCCCGAGUCAGAAUUUCCAAGCGCCAAGAGAGAUUGAAGCAGUGGAAGCAGACAGACACGUUCAAUGACGAAGUAACACGCAAGCAUGUGGCGACAUUUCCCCACUGGGCGUCGAAUAUAUCGGGUUCUGAAUUCCUGAAGUAUCAACGAGCGCUCCAAGAUCAACAAGACGACUAUGCCUUUAUGUGGACUGCAUUCUCCAAGCUGACCGUGGACCUGCGCCGCUUUGGGGGUCUCCUGGCCGAAAGCAAGGACAGGAAAUGGCGACUUGACCAAACAGAAGGGCGCAGCCGCAUGCGUCUUCGCAUCGUUCCAGAUGAGACAGAUGAGAGGCAGAACUAUCAGCCAAAGCGGAAGGCAUCAGAACCCCCAAUAAUGAAGGUGGUGGAAACAGAGACUCGGCCGCCUCCCAGUGCCGAUGCACUUGGUCUGACAGUCACUGUCGCGAACGAGGCCGGGGAGGGUGCUGCCCAGGGAAUCGGUGUCGAUGGUAGGAGCGUGAUUGAAGAAAGCUUUGAAAUGAUUGAAGAUCCCAAAGCGGACCUCGAAGAAUACGAGGAUAAGAACCGGAAGGUUAUGCGAACCUUACACCGUGGAGACCAGGUUGAAGGAGUGUGCAAUAUGUCGCGAAUCAUUGGACUGGAGGCAUUUGAAGGGCUUCUGAUCCAAGGGAAAGAUCACAUUUACAUCUUGGAUAAUUUCUUCCAGAGAUCCGAUGGUGAGAUUUUGAAUGUGUGGCAAGCCCCAGCAGACGAGCGAGAUCCUUACGUUCGCAUGAUUGCUGGCCGAGAAUCAAGCGAACGCAAGGCGCAGGAGCACGAAACAAGAAGCUGGAAAUGGUCUGAUCUAAUCAGUAUCUCCAAGCGACGCUUCCUAUUCCGCGACGUUGCCCUCGAAAUCUUCUUCACAGAUGGCAGCAGCUAUCUGCUGACGCUCAUCUCCUCGCGAGCUCGAGACGUUCUAUGCAGCCAGCUCGCUACCAAAGCCCCCCAGGUGACUGGAAGCGUUGGCCAUGCGCGCCCUGAGGAUAUUUGGAGAUUCGAAACCCUCCAAAGCCAAGAAGAUGCGCCGCAGUCUCUCGGAUCGAAGUUUGCGAGCGUCUUUGGCCAUUCACCGGUCUAUCCAGCCACGCGCAAAUGGAUCAAGGGCGAAAUCUCCAACUUCCAUUACCUUAUGCUGAUCAACACACUUGCUGGGCGAACAUUCAAUGAUCUCACACAGUAUCCAGUCUUCCCCUGGGUCCUUGCUGAUUACACAAGCGACGAGCUGGACCUGACGAACCCUCAAACGUUCCGCGACCUGUCCAAACCCAUGGGCUGCCAAAACCCCGAGCGAGAAGUCGACUUUAAAGAACGGUACAAUGCGUUUGCAGAGAUGGGUGACGACGAUUCCCCACCUUUCCAUUACGGCACUCAUUACUCCUCGGCGAUGAUUGUUAGCUCAUACCUCAUCCGUCUCCAACCAUUCGUCAAGUCGUACCUCCUCCUUCAGGGAGGUACAUUUGACCACGCCGAUCGUCUCUUCUACUCGGUAGGAAAGGCCUGGGAGUCGGCCUCGCGAGGCAACAUGUCUGACGUGAGAGAGUUGAUUCCCGAGUUCUUCUACCUCCCAGAGUUUUUGGUCAACUCGAAUAAAUACGAUUUCGGUCUCCUGCAAAAUAUGACGACUGUAAUUGACUCAGUAGAACUGCCGCCAUGGGCGAAAGGCGAUCCCAGAAUCUUCAUUGCCAAACACCGGGAGGCCCUCGAGAGUCCGUAUGUGACACAAAAUCUACAUCAUUGGAUCGAUUUGGUGUUUGGAUGCAAGCAAAAGGGAGAGGCCGCAGUUGAGGCAGUGAACGUCUUUCACCAUCUAUCCUACCAAGGAGCUAAAGAUGUAGACACCAUUGAUGACCCGGUGGAGCGACUGGCCACGAUCGGUAUCAUUCACAACUUCGGGCAGACCCCUCAUCAAAUCUUCAACCGAACUCAUGCACAAAGAGAGGACCCGGGUCAGAAGAUGCCACGCCUCGAUCGCCUGGCUGAGUCUCUCACUCAACAGCCCCUUGCACUUCUUGAUAUCGGCGAACGAGUGGCCUCGUUGUCAAUGAAACAAGAUCGUCUGCUGUGCGCUGCCGCGCUUCGGCUUAAUAUCCCCCCAAACUACGACAAGUAUAUGGAGUGGGGAUUUUUCGACGGCAGCGUGAGAUUCUACUCUGCAGACAACCGAAAGUUACUGGGACACUUUGAGCAUUUACACAUCGGUCAACUCUCCUGCGCAAUCUUCGCAGACUCCCGAACGUUGGUGACUGCGGGCACCGACUGCACAGUCGCGAUAUGGACCUUUACCUCGUCGAUUAAGUCUGUUGAUCUUCAGCCGGCAGGGUCUCUAUUCGGACACCGUUCGCCAGUCACGCUACUUGCGGUGUCGCGCUCCUUCAGUGCCCUUCUAUCAGCAUCCGCAGAUGGUCAAAUCAUGCUCUGGGAUCUCAACCGGCAAUGCUUCAUCAGGGAACUUCCAUCCAAUGGACCAGUCGAUUGCGCUCGGAUCAACGACGUGACCGGGGAGAUCAUGAUCUGUCGGCGAGAGCGCGUCAGCCUUUACACAUUGAACGGGACCCUAUUGCUGGAGCAAGUGCUUUGUGACUCGGUGGAUGAUCGUAUCAUGACCUGCAUCUUCUACGAGGGGGUCAACAACGAAUGGCAAGAGCGAGAACUGCUCUUCACCGGCCACCGAAGGGGAGUGGUUAACAUCUGGAGCAAGAUCGUCCAUCAUGGACGGUUCGAGUUGGAGCUGAUCCGGCAACUUCACCAUGUGGACAGCCACCGCGACAACGGGGCCAACAUCUCGGUAGGGAUCAGCUGCAUCUUUGCACUGCCGCAUGUGGUUUAUACUGGCGACGAAGCCGGGAGAGUGGUAAGUGUCCUAUUGUUGGUCUCGAGUUGAGUGGGUGAGUGAGUUUGCUAAGCUUGUUAUCUAGUACGAGUGGAGCUGUGUUCAGCGGCGGUGAGGACAACGCAUCGUUUCCCCGUCAUCACGGUCAGCUUCGUGGGGUAUCUAGGCCCGAUAGAAGCUACGGAAUAAUCCUGGCUGUUCCUUCCGGGCCCUUUCUG